AAUUAUUUUUCCCGUUUGUCCUUUAAGCCCACAAGAUCCAGAAUUUUUUUUGUGGUACUUGCUUAAAAAGUGGCCGCUUUGAUCACUUCCCCUUCAUCUCCUCCCAUCUCUGCAUCUCCAUCACCACCGUCUCCGGCGAUGGACUCUCCAAAUGCAAUCACUCUUCUAUUCCUGCUAGUCUUGAUCCCCUUCGCCACUGUUGCUCCGUCUGCUGCUCCGCUUGCUGCUCCCCUUGCUGCUCCGUCUGCCGCUCCGCUUGCUGCUCCGUCUGCCACCCAGCCUGCCGCGCCGUCUGCCGCGCCGUCUGCCGCCCCAUCGGCUUCUUCAUCAGUUGAGGUUAGUGAAGCUAAUCGAAAAUGCAGCAUACCAAUCCAUGGAAAUUGCACAAACAAAUACUGCUGUUGGGAUCUCUGCAAAAAGCAGAUACGGUACGCGAAGACCGUGGAUGCGGCUUAUAGGUCCAUUAAUGGCGCCCAUCAGUGCUUCUGUACCGUGAUAUAUAAUGGUAAGCCAGGUCCUUGUCCUUAGGCGCCAUAAGUGUCAUUGAUGGCGCUCAUCGGUGCUACUGUCACGCGAUAUAUAGAGGUAUAAGCCAGGUUCUUGUGCGCCAUGAGUGUGGGCAAUAGCAAGGAUUUUGGCUGACAAAACUUAGAAUUUUGCUUCUUACAUCAAUUUGGAUAUCAUGAAUAACUGCACCCUCUGACUUGAAAACCUACUGGUGAAACCUCCUAUUCCUCUCCAUCCACACAUGGUAGAAUCUUCUUACCCAGCCAAUGCAUUAGGCUUUGCCAAGAAUCAGUAAAAGGUAUACCAG